AUGGCGCGCAGCUCCAGUGCUCUCCCUGUUGCCCUGCUGGCCCUGGUGGCUCUCUUCGUGGCCCCGGCGUUCGUGCCUUCACCCGCUCCUCGCGCGGCACCCGAGGCCAGUGCUGCUGCCAUCACCGCAGGCGCUGUGCUGCCGCUGCUCACAGCCCAGCCCGCAAUGGCCGAGGACUACAUGAUGCCUCCCAGCUGGCCCUUCCUCGUGGUCUUCAUUGCGGGGGCCUUCGCACUCCUGGUUGUGGGCAACUUCAUCUUCCCUGGCGAGAGGAGGUGA